AUGGCGGCGACCGACAAUGUCUCGUUCGCGCAGGGCCUGUUCGUGACGCUGUGGCCCAAGGUCGAGCGCUGCCACGACUACGUCGAGCUCCUCUUGGUCGCUCAAGAGACGCUGCAGCACACGGUGGAUAAACUCAUGGCCGGUCUCCAAGAAGCAGACAAAGCAGACGCGUGCUCGAUCGAGCGCUACGCUGACCGACUGCGCCACUUUCCCGCGCGCGUGGAGACACUGGAGAAGAAACUCGUGCGGAUCCGAGCGCGUCUCGUGGCGAUGAAGAAGGCGCAGGGCCACGAUGUGUGCGCCACGAGCGAGCAACCGGCCGUGUACGCGACGACGCCGUUGUUUUAA